GCUCAAUACGCCUUCCUCCCAGCUCCCCCCCAUCCAGACCAACAUGGACGUGGGCACUCUCAACCCCUUCCGCGAGCUCUGUGCCAUGGCCACCGACCUCGGACAACCAAAGCUCCUUUACUACUUCCUGGCCCUCCCCUCCACCCAUCCCUCCUGGGCCGGGCGCCGCGCCGGGCUGUACGCGAAGGGGACCCCCGGCCCCGCGGGGGAGGGCAGAGAGGAGGAGCUCCAGCGUGCGCUCAUGCCUCUACUCCCCCGUUUGGUCCCUCGUCUCUACCGCGCCCGCUUCGACCCCACCCAGGCUGUCCGUCAGGCAAUGGAGCCGGUCUGGAAGAGUGUGCUUGCAGCGGCGGCAGUUGCCGAAGGGGACGUAGAGGCGACCGGGCAGGGUAGCGAGCGAGGGGGGAGUGGCAGUGGGAAGAAGGUGGUGAAAAAGUAUUUGGAUCCCAUCCUGGACGACUUGUGUGAGGCUGCGGGGAGCCGUAAAUGGCGAGAACGUCAGGCAGCGGUGGCGGGCCUAGGAGAAUUGAUGCCGGGGCGGACGUUCAAGGAGGUAAGAGGGAGACUGGAAAGACUGUGGAUCAUUGGCUUCCGCGCACUGGACGAUUUGAAGGAGUCAGUGCAGAUGGCGGGCAUGGACCUGGCCAAAGGCCUGCUGCAGAUGACGGGCAGGUUGAGCAACACGCAGGAGAGUCCCGCGGCGGAGGUGGAGGAGGUGGUGCGAGUGAUCCUUCCGCUUUUGCUCUCGCAGGGGCUGCCGAGCAAGGCAAAAGAGGUGCAGGGGGUGGCGGUCUUGGUGCUUCUGAGGGUGGUCAAAGGGGCGGGCGCAUGUCUGAGGCCCUACUUGCCCGAGCUGAUGAGCGCCUUGAUCGAGGCACAGUCGGCGAUAGAGCCGGCGCAGCUCCAGUACAUGCAGUUCCACGCCCGGAGCAUGGACAUGACUGAGGAGGCGAUGGAGGUAGGCGGGUGGGGCGCGGCUCGGGGCGAGAGAGGGAGGUGGUUCGAGGGGAGCCAAGGGGCGUGUACUCUUUUUUUCUCAUGACAGGACACGUCACGACAUUGCGUAAAAUCGCACGUCUUACCCCAUUCAUUGAUGCC